AUGGUUUCCAUCUCGAUUCGAUCUCCCACUUUUUUAGCACCCGGAAACUCGACCCGACAUGGAUCCCUUCGUGUCAGGGCUUCUCGCAGCUCCUUCGAUGUACUUGUUGUUGGUGGUGGCAUCAUCGGCUUGACCAUUGCCCGCCAACUCCUUAUCGCCUCCGAUCUAUCCGUCGCCGUCCUCGAUAAGGCCGUCCCUUGCUCCGGCGCCACCGGUGCCGGACAGGGAUACAUAUGGAUGACACACAAGAAACCAGGCACUGAUAUAUGGGACUUGGCCUUGAGGAGCCAUCAACUCUGGCACGACCUUGCACAGACCUUAAACCAUCAAGGCCUUGAUCCUGAAGAAAUGCUCGGUUGGAAAAACACGGGAAGCCUGCUCGUUGGAAGGACCUCUCAAGAGUGUGUUGCUCUCAGACAAAAGGUUCAUGAGCUCUCUGAAGCUGGUUUGAGAACUGAAUAUUUGUCUAGCGCUCAUUUGUUUCUAAAGGAGCCUGCGCUCCUUGUGGAUCAUCAUACUGGGGCUGCAUUUCUUCGCCAUGAUUCGCAGUUGGAUGCUCAUCGUGCCGUCGCUUAUAUCGAAAAGGGUAACAGAGAGUUUGCAAAAGAUGGAAGAUAUGCGGAGUUCUAUCAUGAACCAGUUACAGGUUUAAUAAGGUCUGAUGGGCGUAGCAAGGAGGUUGCAGGUGUUCAGACUUCGAAACGCAACUUGUAUGGUAAGAAGGCUACUAUAGUAGCUGCUGGUUGCUGGAGUGGGUCUCUGAUGCAUCAAUUGCUUAAAGACUGCAAAAUUUCGGUGGACGUUCCUGUGAAGCCAAGAAAGGGGCAUCUGCUUGUGGUAGAGAAUUUUGAUUCAUUCCAUUUAAAUCAUGGGAUAAUGGAGGCUGGUUACGUGGAUCAUCAAAGUGCUUCAGCUCCAGGAUUGGAUGUCGAGGAAGAACGGAUGCUAUCUAUAUCCAUGACAGCCACAAUGGACACAACAGGAAACCUUGUUCUCGGGAGUAGUCGUGAGUUUGUCGGGUUCGACACUGAAGCUGAUGGGUCUAUCAUCCGCUGCAUAUGGGAGCGUGCAGCAGAAUUCUUCCCCAAGUUACGAGAUAUUUCCCUUGAAGAUUUCAUCCGUAACAGGAAAGUGAGAGUUGGGUUGCGCCCUUACGUGCCUGAUGGGAAGCCAGUGAUAGGAUCUGUGCCCGGAUUACAAAACCUGUACUUGGCAGCUGGUCAUGAAGGAGGUGGACUUUCCAUGGCUCUAGGAACAGCGGAAAUGGUAUCGGACAUGGUACUGGGGAAACCAUCACAGGUAGAUAGUUCAGCGUUUGGUGUUAAAGGACGUUUCUGA